AGCACGAAACUAAGCUGUGAAGACGCACUUCCUCUUCGCUUCGCUAAGAGCUUCGUACAUCUUGGAUUCGGAUGUACGCUUGUGCGGCACACCGCAUGGCACUCGGAGACACCUCUGAUUGUUGUCACCUGAGUGAUACCUUAUUCGAAUUCCAAGGCUAGACACACAACAAUAACACGUUACGUGUAUACGUCACGUGCACGGUGUUCACGUGUCGACAAUGCUUAGACUUGACUUGCCUCCUAUUCUAUACUGUGGGCAGAGCUGCGGGAGCGCCUCUAAGCCCGUCACCGCUCGAUAUUGCGGCUAUAUCGAAGUUUAGCGACGACACGCUAAGAACUUCAAACGGCCUGCUGACACCUCUCGCGAAGGCGAGAAAACUUGCCACUCGUCGUCGACGGCACGUUCGCCGCGCACCCUCCAGCGCAAUCGCAAAAUGGCGGCGCCCUCAAUAAAACGGUCUGAAGUUUUUUUUUUUUCUCAUUUUUUCUCGUCUUCUUUUUUUUUUUUUAAAGGAGCCAUUGGCUCGGCCUCGGCAAGCAUGUAGUAUGGACUACAAUUACUAGUAUGAACCACCGAACCAUCGUUAAUAGAUACGUAUGAACCAUGUAGUACGUCACGGCUCGCGAGCAUGCCAGUGUUGCUCGACUGUUAUGCCCAUUCGGGUCUAAUAUAAAAAAAAUCAAUUACAAAUUACGUGCUGGCUCAAAUGCCCUAAAAUUUUGCCAACGUGUUUUGAACGCACAAGGAUUACCCCAAUAGGGAGUUUUAGGUUAGGGGACGCAAGCGACUGGCGUACGCAACGACCAGUACCGUGGCCCCUGGUGGUUGGGGUUAUAGAGUUUGCUAGAAAAGUCUAUUGUUGCGGUAGUGUUGUGCGUGUGGGUCACGAGUCGAACCUGGCACACAUAGCCGGCAAUUGUUUCGUCUGACACCCUAGUUCUCGCGUACGCAAGCAGCUAAAGAAACUCUAUAUUAUGAUCGGAAAUUGAGUGUCGUGCUCUUUUAAAGAGUGUAUAUAUGUUAAACCGUGCUCGAGCUCGUGGCAAACGAGAUUGGUGUAGGCGCGUGGGCCUCAUUCUAGGCCUCCUUGCGAUGCAACAGCUCUUCAAUGCCAUGGCCGUCAAUGCAGAUUUACAGCAACAGCAGCAGCAGCACCACGGUUCUUCUGCUAUCGGUCCUGCAAGCGGCUCUAACCGCAAUGCUUGCAACGGUGGUAUCGGCGGCGGCGGCAACAACGGCGGCGGUCACAUCAAGGAGCCUAAGAUUAACGCGUACAUACUGUGGUCGCGCGCGCAUCGGCGCAAGAUCGUGCUGGAAAAUCCCGACAUGCACUACAAGGAGGUAUCCAGUCGUCUGGGCGCCGAAUGGAAGCAGCUAAACGAGGACGACAAGCGGCCGUUCACCGACGAGGCCACGCGGCUACGCGAGCAGCACAAGCGGGACUACCCGGACUACAAACAGCCUCGAAGCAAGCCCAAGCCUCCGACGUCCAAGAAGUCGGACCAGCCUUACGGCAUGCCGGCCGGCGCGUACUACGUCACGGACUCGCACAGCGCCUACUUGCACCACCAUAAGGGGAUCGCCUUCUUUCACGACGCGUUCAACACAGCUGAGACAGCCGACGCUGCCCCGAGGGAGAACGUCUGGAGCGUGAUGCCUGAUCAGCAGCCGCAGCAGAGUUCGCCACAUUGUUUCUCGAGCAGCCCGGCGCCGCCUGGCACCUACUCGCCUUGCCUUCCGGAAGUGAAGCCGCACAAGGCGGAACCCUACGAGGAACUGUGGGAUCCCCUGCAGGCCUUCUUCCACGACGCGUUCAACACAGCUGAGACAGCCGACGCUGCCCCGUGGGAGAACGUCUGGAGCGUGAUGCCUGAUCAGCAGCCGCAUCAGAGUUCGCCACAUUGUUUCUCGAGCAGCCCGGCGCCGCCUGGCACCUACUCGCCUUGCCUUCCGGAAGUGAAGCCGUACGAGGCGGAACCCUACGAGGAACUGUGGGAUCCCCUGCAGGCCUUCUUUCACGACGCGUUCAACACAGCUGAGACGGCCGACGCUGCCCCGUGGGAGAACGUCUGGAGCGUGAUGCCUGAUCAGCAGCCGCAGCAGAGUUCGCCACAUUGUUUCUCGAGCAGCCCGGCGCCGCCUGGCACCUACUCGCCUUGCCUUCCGGAAGUGAAGCCGUACGAGGCGAAACCCUACGAGAAACUGUGGGAUCCCGUGCACAGCGGACCGGGAUCACUGUUCUCCGAAGUUUACGGAGUGUACCAAACCUCGGUACUCACCUCUACCGUUGUGUCGACCGGAUACCCAGACGCGGCUGCCGCCACUGCCACCGCGUACACGUACGGCGGAGGACUCGGUUACACCAGAGAAUAAAGAACCGUUACACCUCUG